AUGCGUAAGUUUCUUAUUUCCUGUUCCUCGCCGCAUCCAUUGCUUUGGAUCGUUUACAAAUCCGUGGCUUCACCUUAGAUGUUGACGUUUUUGACUCUCCACAAGGCAUUUUGAAUUUCAGUUCCAACGUCUGCAAAAGAACGUGCUAUUCUGCACAUGCUGCAAGCGGAAUUGUCGGAUCUUAGAGCCAGUCUUCGUCUUCUUGUCUAUAACCCAGACUUCGUAAGUCCGUCGUAUUUCGUUGUACGGCUAUGUCUAAGACUUCAUUUCGUCCGCCCGGUCCCUUCUUCCAAUCAAGCGUAUCGCCAAACUAUUUUGUUUCUAACAGGAGAACCUCAAGCAAGGAUUUCUGGACGGUUUGCCUGCAAAGCUACAAUUGUGGUCCAAUUAUCUGAGCGAAAAACCCUGGCUUACCGGCGAAGUGGUAAUUGCUCAAUCCACCUAA